AGCCGAGCUUCAAGUUUUAGUAGUAUGGAUUAUAGUGUAAAGUGUGAUACUACUAAAGUAGUAGUAUAACACUGUAUUCAGUGCUCAGGACAGCAGCAGUGUUUCUGCUACAUACAUUUUGCAGCUGCAGCCUGCUGACAGUCAAGAUACAACUACAUAUUAAAAUGUCUGUGAAUUUAUAAUGGGAUAAAAGUACUGAAGCCUUUAUUGUAGUAUGAAGGUGUCCCAGUAGUUUUCUCCAUAUAGUGUAACUAAUGUAGGUAAUUAUUUUUGGUUAAUUGACCUGCUUUUAUUUUAAUACACAAAAAAUGUUUUCUUUGUUUUUCCAGAAUAAACAACCAGGAUAUUUAAUAAAGAACAGUGUUAAACUGCUGAAAGAGGUGAAGCACAAGCCAUCCAGAAGAAUCUCCUGAAAACGCGGAAAUUGUUUGCUACAUUUCACAGACAGAUGGAGCCAAGUCCCAACAUGGAGAAACAUCAGCACUCUGUCAAGAGUUUUACUAAACAGAGUCAUCUCAAAAGACACCAGCGCAUUCACACAGGAGAGAAACCGUAUCACUGCUCAGACUGUGGGAAGAGUUUUACUAAACAGAGUCAUCUCAAAAGACACCAGCGCAUUCACACAGGAGAGAAACCGUAUCACUGUUUCGACUGUGGGAAGAGUUUUACUCAACAGGGUCAUCUCAAAAUACACCAGCGCAUUCACACAGGAGAGAAACCGUAUUACUGCUCAGACUGUGGAAAGAGUUUUACUGAACAGAGUACUCUCAAACUGCACCAGCGCAUUCACACAGGAGAGAAACCGUAUCACUGUUUCGACUGUGGGAAGAGUUUUAAUCAACAGAGUAAUCUCAAAAAACACCAGCGCAUUCACACAGGAGAGAAACCGUAUCACUGCUCAGACUGUGGGAAGAGUUUUACUAGACAGAGUGAUCUCAAAAAACACCAGCGCAUUCACACAGGAGAGAAACCGUAUCACUGCUCAGACUGUGGGAAGAGUUUUACUAAACAGAGUCAUCUCAAAAAACACCAGCGCAUUCACACAGGAGAGAAACCGUAUCACUGUUCAGACUGUGGGAAGAGUUUUACUUUACAGAGUGAACUUAUAUUACAUCAGUGCAUUCACAAGAGAUAGAAAAGUAUCCCAAAUCUGUUCCUCUGCCAUAAAAAAUGCAAACCUUAAAUCUUUCAGACAGCCAAAAACACCUCAUCAUGCACAAAAUCUUCACUCUGUUACAAGAACUUCAUUUAAAAUGGCUUUUACAGGUUCAGAAAAAUGAAUCUUAUCCAGAGAUGAUGUUUACUGAAUUUCAUGCUGUGUUUUUAUGUAUGUUUGUAUACCUACAUUAGUUAAUGCCUGCAGAGCUCUUCAACACUUAGUGUUGUGUUUUAAGAAGUUUUUACACACAGAAUCAUAAAUGGUACCACUAACAGCAUAAACUAGGAACAUACAUUUUUACAAUUUUUUCAGUGAUAUGCUGAAUAAAUAGUAAAGCGAUGAUGCUAGCUCAGAGUAAAAUCGUAUAUUAAAUCUCAGCAUUAGCUUUAGAACUAAUAAUAAACAAAAGUGAGGAUUUUAUCAUUCUGGGACAUUUUUAGGUUUAAAAAUUGAAUAUGCUUUGCCAUAAGUAGGAAAUGAUCAUUUGGUCAACUUAUGUCAUUUACAGCCUUAACACAUUCUCAAUUGUUUACAUAUAAAAACUUUCUUUAUUUUUUCCUCCACUCCACGUUUGUAGUUUGUAGUUGGAGCGAGGGCACUGCCAGUGUUUGCUCCAGAUGUUAGAUUAGCAUUACUUAGUCUUUUAAAAUGUAGAUGUCGUAGUUUAAAGGAGUAGAGUAUUCUUAGGAGUAGAGAAUAUUCUUAGCUUGCAACAAAAGGCCAACAAAAUCCUUUUCAGAGUUAAAAAAAAAAAAAACGGUCUAGCUGUAGUUUCCAUACUGAAAGCAACACUCAGCAGGCUAUGCAGCAGUAAGACUGCAGGAUCCUUGAUUCCCUCUACUGCACAUGUGUCAAACACAAGGCCCGCGGGCCAAAUGUGGCCACAUACAAGCGAGAGCUUGUAAGAUCUUAGUGUCUAUAAUAAAUAGGUCAGAAGCGUUCUUUGACCAAAAACUACAUUUCCCACAAUGCUUGUCGAUUGUAUUACCCGCGAAGUUACGGCUUACUGCCACUACACGGGAGUGUAGUCAUUGAUGUGGAAACCCUGCCGGAGGGAAGGCGUAACUUCGCGGGUGGAAUUGAGACAUACAAACGUUUAUCCCAUAAUGUCCAGAAAAAGAGAAGCUGAUGCAGACGGACGGCUGUGCUUCGGCGAAAGACCGGUAUGCCUUUUGUGUUACGAAGAGUGUUACUGACCAAAAUAAACGCUUGUUAGGAGAGAUAUAAGUUCUGUGUAAAUAUUUAUAAGACAAUAGCUGACAAAAUCUGUUUUAAUGAUGUUAAUAAACAUCACUGUGACAGUGCUAGUCACAGUUUCACCACAGCAAAGGAGGAGCACGUGAAUCACUAAUCUAACCAGCCCUGAUUUCUGCCCCCAAUAACCCUUUCAAUAACCUCCAAUAGCCUUUAAUUAGUCUUCAGUAGCCUUCAACAGUCUAACCUUGCAGCUGUUGUGUGUUCUAAACUCCGUAGUUAUAAACAUCCUGAGGUUAGCAGCGCGCUAACUGACCUGUUUAUAAUGUAAUCCCAGCAGUGACGGCUGCUCUAAACUGCUGCUGUUAGCUGCUUGGGCUGAAAGAUGAACUGUAGAGAGCUGUAUUAUCCGGUUAGUGGGGUUAAAAUCUUUAUUUUCUACACAGAAGAAUUUUAAAAACUGUAAAAACGCUCCAGACUGCCUCAGCUGAGCCCUGUAGACCGUGGCUGGGCUGUAGCUCUGACUCAGUAAAGACUGCGGGCUUGUGCUGCUGCUGCAGCUCCGACUAGUGGUUGUAUGUGGAACUGCUAAAUCUGAGGAAAUGCUAAAUCUAUCACAUGUUCUUAACAGCUCACAAUUUUUAAUUUUAUAUUUAUUAAGCCUUAUUUCAGUAUCAAACGUUUUGAUCAAAGUUAAUAUACUUGUAUUUAAUGUCAUUUCUAUUCACUUGACUAGUUUGGUUCUUGAUUGAUGGAGUUUUUGGAUUUCAUAACAUGACAAAUUUACGGUGGCCGAGAAAGCCCAGCGCAGUGCAAAUUGAAAAGCGCUGCAAAAGCACAAAACACAUCCAUCAAAAUUACAACACAGGCGCAGCAAAUAGAAAAACGCGCUGCAAAUAGAACCACAACACAACGGAAGUGAGUCACAACACAACGGAAUUUUCCCGGGGGACCUUAAAAGAUGCUGUACCAGCUGUAUACACAGGACAAUAAGUGGCAAACAAGCUUCUGAAAAGUAAGUUAUGUUUAUUACCUGUGAUUACCACGGUUGUGUGCAUAUUAUUAAAAGUUCUGCUUCACAAAACACCUUGUUUGCCACUUAUUGUCCUUUGUACACAUAGUGAAGUCCGAGACGUUACUGAAGACGCAGCUUAGCUGGUACAGUAUCUUUUAAGGUCCCCCGGGAAAAUUCCGUUGUGUUGUGACUCACUUCCGUUGUGUUGUGGUUCUAUUUGCAGCGCGUUUUUCUAUUUGCUGCGCCUGUGUUGUAAUUUUGAUGGAUGUGUUUUGUGCUUUUGCAGCGCUUUUCAAUUUGCACUGCGUUGGGCUUUCUCGGCCACCGUACAAAUUAAAAGGAUUUAUGUUAAUAGAGCAACAAGCAAACAUUUUUUCCAUGCAACUGUAAUAUUUGAUUGAAUAAAUAGUAUAUUGAGUUAUUUAACAUUAAGGAGUAAUUACAUUCAUUUUAUAUUACAUUUGAUUACAUUUUAUUACAUUUAUAAGUUCCAUCUGGCCCUCAGUGGACAGCCAAUAUGCCAAUGUGGCCCUCGGCCAAAAUGAGUUUGACACCCCUGCUCUACUGGUUUUCUCAUUGGUCUAUGGUUCAGUCAGUCUGAUUAAAAAUCUGCAAGUUAAUCUACAGGGAUAUUUGGUUGUGUUGUGUUGCUAAAGUUAUAUACUCUGUUAUCUUUUCCUUAUUUGGUAUCGUUUUGCUAAAGGGUUUUUUUAUAUCUCUAAAGGUACUAAAAAUAUCUAAUCCAUUUACUUUAUUGAUUGUUUUAUCCAGUACCAGCUAUUAUCGUUGUUUUACAUCACCUUAUGUAUUUACUCAUAUUCAUAUCUAUGCGAUUCAAUAAAAGGCUUUUAUAUUGCAA